AUGGCGGUGGCGGGCGUAGUGAGCGGGAAGGUUAUAUAUGAACAGGAAGGUGUCUACAUUCACUCGUCUUGUGGAAAGAGCAAUGACCAAGACAGCUUGAUUUCAGGAAUAUUACGUGUUUUAGAGAAGGAUGCUGAAGUUAUAGUGGAUUGGAGACCAUUGGAUGAUGCUUUAGAUUCUUCAAGUAUUCUCUAUGCUGGAAAGGAUUCCAGUUCAGUUGUAGAAUGGACUCAGGCCCCAAAAGAAAGAGCUCAUCGAGGACCAGAACAUGUGAACAGUUACGAAGCAGAGUGGGACAUGGUUAAUACAGUUUCAUUUAAAAAGAAACCACAUACCAAUGGAGAUACUCCAAGUCAAAGAAAUGGGAAAAGCAAAUGGUCAUUCCUGUUCAGUUUGACAGACCUGAAAUCAAUCAAGCAAAACAAAGAGGGUAUGGGCUGGUCGUAUUUGGUAUUCUGUCUAAAGGAUGACGUCGUUCUUCCUGCUCUGCACUUUCAUCAAGGUGAUAGCAAACUACUGAUUGACUCUCUUGAAAAAUAUGUGGUAUUGUGUGAAGCUCCACACGAUAAAAGAAUACUUCUUGUGAAUUGUCCGAAUAAGAGUCUUUCACAAUCCUUUGAAAAUCUUCUUGAUGAACCAACAUAUGGUUUAAUACAAAAAAUUAAAAAGGAUCCUUAUACAGCAACCAUGGUAGGAUUUUCCAAAGUUACAAACUACAUUUUUGAUAGUUUGAGAGGCAGCGAUCCCUCUACACAUCAGCGACCACCUUCAGAAAUGGCAGAUUUUCUUAGUGAUGCUAUUCCAGGUUUAAAGAUAAAUCAACAAGAAGAACCGGGAUUUGAAGUCAUCACAAGAAUUGAUUUAGGAGAACGACCUGUUGUUCAAAGGAGAGAGCCAGUAACAGUGGAAGAAUGGACUAAGAACAUUGAUUCCGAAGGAAGAAUUUUAAAUGUAGAUAAUAUGAAGCAGAUGAUAUUUCGAGGGGGACUCAGUCAUGCAUUGAGAAAGCAAGUAUGGAAAUUUCUUCUGGGUUACUUUCCUUGGGACAGUACCAAGGAGGAAAGAACUCAGUUACAAAAACAAAAAACUGAUGAAUACUUCAGGAUGAAACUACAGUGGAAAUCUGUCAGCGAGGAACAAGAGAAGAGAAAUUUGAGGUUAAGAGAUUAUAGAAGUCUUAUUGAAAAAGAUGUUAACAGAACAGAUCGAACAAACAAGUUUUAUGAAGGCCAAGAUAAUCCAGGGUUGAUUUUGCUUCAUGACAUUUUGAUGACCUAUUGUAUGUAUGAUUUUGAUUUAGGAUAUGUGCAAGGAAUGAGUGACUUACUUUCUCCUCUUUUAUAUGUGAUGGAAAAUGAGGUGGAUGCCUUUUGGUGCUUUGCCUCCUACAUGGACCAAAUGCACCAGAAUUUUGAGGAACAAAUGCAAGGCAUGAAGACCCAGCUAAUUCAACUCAGUACCUUACUUCGAUUGUUGGACAGUGGAUUUUGCAGUUACUUAGAAUCUCAGGACUCCGGAUACCUGUAUUUUUGCUUCAGAUGGCUUUUAAUCAGAUUUAAAAGGGAAUUUAGUUUUUCAGAUAUUCUUCGAUUAUGGGAGGUAAUGUGGACUGAGCUACCAUGUAAAAAUUUCCAUCUUCUUAUCUGUUGUGCUAUUCUGGAAUCAGAAAAGCAGCAAAUAAUGGAAAAGCAUUAUGGUUUUAAUGAAAUACUUAAGCAUAUUAAUGAAUUAUCCAUGAAAAUUGAUGUAGAAGAUGUACUGUGCAAGGCAGAAGCAAUUUCUCUACAGAUGGUAAAAUGCAAGGAAUUGCCACAAGCAGUCUGUGAGAUUCUGGGGCUUCAGGACAGUGAAGUCACAACACCAGAUUCAGACACUGGUGAAGAUGAACAUGUUGACUUGACUGCUUGUUCUACACCUGCGUUUCAGAGUAACUCCUUGCCUGUAAUUGCUGCUAGUGGAACCAGCGAUGACAGCUCAACACAGAUAUCAGUGUCCCCAAAUGUUAGCAGAUUAACACCUGCAUGA